UCGGCUAUCGCCGGUCUCGGUCGCGGUUUUUCCUGCGUCAUUCUUUUCAUUACGUGUGGUACAGUAGCUGUUUAACCUUUCUUUUUCUGUCUGUCGCCAUGUCUGCACUACGCAUUCUUGUACCCAUCAAGCGGGUCAUUGACUAUGCGGUCAAGCCGCGCGUCAACAAGGCGCAGACGGGUGUCGAGAUAGCGGGCGUCAAGCACUCGAUGAACCCGUUCGACGAGCUGUCGGUAGAAGAAGCGGUGCGGAUCCGGGACGAGGACCGGGCCCCGGGGGGCGUCGAGGACAUCUGCGUGAUCACGGCGGGGCCGGGAAAGGCGGCGGACGUGCUGCGGACGGCGAUGGCGAUGGGGGCGGACCGCGCGAUCCACGUCGAGGUGAAGGAGUGGGUGGAGCAGCUCGAGCCGCUGAGCGUCGCGAAGCUGCUGCGCACGACCGUCGAUGUCGAGAAGAGCAACCUCGUCAUACUGGGGAAGCAGAGCAUCGACGACGACUCCGCCCAGACGGGCCAGAUGCUCGCGGGCUUGUUGGGCUGGCCGCAGGCGACGCAGGCGAGUAAGGUCACGUUUGGCGAGAAUGAUACAGUGGAGGUCACGAAGGAGGUCGAUGGCGGUGUGGAGACGGUCCGCGCGAAGCUGCCGAUGGUUAUCACGACGGAUCUCCGCCUCAAUGAGCCCCGCUACGCGAGCUUGCCCAAUAUCAUGAAGGCGAAGAAGAAGCCGCUUGUUAAGCUGGCGUUGAGUGAUCUGGGCAUUGCGAAUGAGAGGCGGUUGAAGAUUCUCAAAGUUGAGGAGCCGCCGCCGAGACAAGGGGGUGGCAAGGUUGAAGAUGUGGAUGGCCUGAUCUCAAAGUUGAAGGAGCUGGGUGCGUUAUAAUGAUCGCCUCAGUUUAGGGGACUGAGCUGUCUCUCUACCUCGCCACAUGGCAAAUCAACAGAGGUCAAUUUCAUGUGUCCAUGCAGAAGAUGGAGCAAUGGGCAUUGAAUAUAUGGCUAAUGGCUAAGGCUUGCCUACCUAAAAGGGGGCAGGAAACCGCCAAGUGAACAAACUUCACAGAAUACACAGAAUACAAUACACAGCCAAUGGUUAUAAACCCUUUUCAAUUUUGAAGUAUCUAUAGAUAUAUGGUUCAACACUACCUAGGGCACCUAUGUCAGAUCUCCUGCAUGUUGGGUAGUAGUUGGCCCUUCACCUCAUGCCAAGCAUCCUCAAUAUUACCCAAUGUGUACCACCUAAGAAAAAAAGGGGUUCUUGUUGCCAUUGGCCUAUUAGGUAUUUACUGAGGUAGUGUUGAGCCUGUUGUUAUAUGCCUGGGAGUGAGUGUAUGUUGUUGCAAUGUUUGCAUAUGGAUACCACUGAGACUGUGACUGAGUAGUUGGUUAGGUAUUGUACCUACAUAUGUACCUAUUAGACCUGUAGCAGAAAAGUCACUAGGUGCCUAGGCCGAAAACGGCCUUUUAACCUUUUCUUUUUUUUUUCUUUUUUUCUUUUUUUCUUUUUCUCCUCUAUCAAAUCUAUC